AAAAGAAAAAAGAAAAAAGGAAAAAGAGAUGAAUCUUUUUUCUAGAGCUUUGUUUCUCCGGUUCCCUCUGUCCGUGAUCUCGUUAUCAUUAACGGCCGUUACGUUGGGCUUUAACGUCAGCAGGGUCUCCUUCGACGAAGCGUACGUCCCUCUCUUCGGCGAGUCCAACUUGGUUAAAUCAUACGACGGGACCUCCGUCAAACUCAUCCUCAACCGUUACUCCGGGUCUGGAUUUAUAUCGUCGGACAUGUACCAAUACGGCCUUUUCAGCGCCUCGAUCAAACUGCCGUCGGAUUACACGGCCGGCAUCGUGGUCGCCUUCUACAUGUCGAACGGGGACGUGUUUCGGAAGAACCACGACGAGCUGGACUUUGAGUUUUUAGGCAACAUAUGGGGGAAGCAGUGGAGGAUUCAGACCAACAUUUACGGUAACGGAAGCACGAGCCGCGGGCGGGAGGAGCGCUACUACCUACCGUUUGACCCCACGAAGGAGUCUCACCGGUAUUCCAUCCUCUGGACGACCGACGAAAUAAUGUUCUACGUCGACGACACCCCGAUCCGCAUUGUUCACGCAGCCAUGGGCGGCGACUACCCGUCCAACAUGUCCGUCUACGCCACCAUCUGGGACCGUCGACGUGGGCCCGACCUCGUCGUCCUCGGCUGCCCCUCCGACCCCAUCCAGGACCUCCCCUCCUCCUCCGCCUCUGACGACCAGUGCUCUGCGGCCGAUGACGAGAUCACCGCCUCCUCCCUCGCGGUCACGACCCCCGAAAAAAUGGUCAAAAUGCGCGCGUUCAGAGAGCGGUAUAUGAGCUAUUCGGUUUGUUACGAUAGUUUGAGGUAUCCGGUGGCGCCGGAGGGGUGUGAUGUGGUGGAGGAGGAGAGGGCGAGGUUUAAAGAGACGGGGCACCGCAUGUUGGCGGUCGUCGAGACGGCCGCGGGUUGGUAAGCGGCGGAGCGGCGGCAGGGUGGCGGGAAACGGGAGGGGGAGUACUAGUUUUAGGAGCAGCUAGCCGAUCGAGGCUUUUUGACUUCGUGAGCGUUUGAUUGAAGACCGAAGUGAAAGGAAUUUGAUCGGUGUUGUUGUUAUUGUUAUUAUACAUAUGAAACUUAACGUGUUUAAUUGUAGUAGUGACAAAUUUUUUUGCCUUCACCAAACGAAAAACCGUGAAAAAGUAAGGAAAAAUAUGUUCAUUUGAAUUACGACGGUUAAAUAUCAUAUCA